AUGAAUCCUUAUCAUUCAUCAUGGGCACCACGUGUAUUCGAAAUUUUUCUGUAUUUGAUUUAUCGACUAGCUCGAGCUGUUGUUCAACUAGAAUCUGAUAUUUACAUGUUAUUAAGAUGCUUAUUUUAUACACCAGAUCGAGGACAUUGUUGCGAAGUAUUGUACAUUGUAGCCAGGAAACGAUUCCACAUAGGUGAUGUGGCUCGUAACGUUGAUUUCUUGGCCUUUCAUGAACGUAUGACCAGCUGUGAUGAAUUACGGGACAAACACUGGAUGCUGUAUACAAUUUGUGAUCGUUAUGCAUAUUUUGUGAAACUUCCACAUUCCUCGUUUGAAUACAAUGUAGCCUCAUCACCGUUUUUAUCAAUUGCACAAUUUACGUAUGCUGAAGCGUUGGCACGGAUUCCGCAUCGGACCUUUUUGCGAGAAUCUUACAAAAUGCGUCAUUUCUCUGGUCAGGUGGUGACGAUGUGGACGAUGCCUCGCUGUGGAUCUACCUUGGUAGCCAAGAUGUUACAGGCUACGGACCAAACCAACCGGUGUGUCCUGGUAUUCUCGGAGCCUGAUGCCUUUAGUAUGUUAGCAAUUAUGGUUGGCCAAUAUGCCUUAUCAGUUUGUUAUGCUCGCAGUCUGCUUCUCGCAGUACUUCGGUACUCUUGCAAAGAUCAGCUUCUUCAGCAAACUAUUAUUUUUAAGAUGAGAUCAAAUUGCACGAAGCUGGUUCCCUAUGUUCAUGCAGUUGCUCCACACGUGUCUCAGGUUUAUAUCGCAAGAAGAAAUCUUGAGGACACAGUAAUUUCGCAGGUUACCGUUUCCAGACGUUCAGAUAACAUUUUUGCAACGGUGCUUAACCUUCGCAUGAUACAUCCAUGUUUCUGCGACUGGAUUACCACCUGGGGAUCACUAGAGUGGCGUUUGAUGAGAGAAAUAGACCCUAAGUGCGUUCUGGAAGUAGCACUAGCAGUUGUGUGUCAGUCAUUCAUCGACUACGUACAAUAUGAACGCUAUUUUGCUUCACCGCCUGUAUUUUAUGAGGAUCUCAUGGUCGACACAGCAAGUUCACUGAAGCAACUGCUGCACGUCUGCGGAAUAUCGCUAGUUAAUUUACCGGAAUGCAUUGACUGCAAACGUCACGAUAGGCAUUCACUGUUGUUUAAAGACAGCUUCGAUCUUGGAAGAGUGGAACUAAGAACAGACGACCGGGAGACUGUUCGGGACGUUGCAGUGAUGCUGUCUUAUCCGCUGGUCAAAUAG